AUGGGAGUUUAUUGGUUACAAGGUGUUCAUAUGAUUCAUUGUGCCUAUAACAGCAUGUGGAUGGGACAGUUCAUACAACCAGAUUGGGAUAUGUUUCAAUCUGAUCAUUGUUGUGCAAAAUUCCAUGCUGGGUCCAGAGCUAUCUGUGGAGGACCUGUUUAUGUGAGUGACUCAUUGGGUGGCCAUGAUUUUGAUCUCUUAAAGAAGCUGGUAUUCCCUGAUGGUACCAUCCCCAAAUGCCAAUAUAUGGCUCUCCCGACAAGAGACUGCCUCUUCAAGAACCCCCUCUUUGACAGCAAAACCAUUCUCAAAAUUUGGAACGUCAACAAGUAUGGAGGUGUGGUUGGUGCAUUUAACUGCCAAGGUGCUGGAUGGGACCCUAAGGAGCAAAGGAUCAAAGGCUACUCCCACUGCUACAAGCCAAUAUCAGGUUCUGUUCAUGUGAGUGACAUUGAAUGGAAUCAAAAGAAGGAAGCAACUGAAUUGGGAGAAGCUGAAGAAUAUGCUGUCUAUCUAACUGAGGAUGAGAAAAUAUUCACAACAACUACAAAUUCCGAUGACAUUCCGAUCGUCAUCCAGUCGUCUACUUUCGAGAUCUUCACCUUCGUCCCAAUCGAGAAACUCGGCCGGGCCGCAAAAUUCGCACCUAUCGGACUAACCAACAUGUUCAACUGUGGAGGGUGCAUUCAAGAACUAGCUUACAAUGGGACUAAUGCAGACAUUGAAGUUAAGGGUGGAGGAAAUUUCUUGGCCUAUUCCAAUGUUUCACCUAAGAAAUGUUACCUAAAUGGCUCAGAAGUUGGAUUUGAAUGGUCUGAAAAUGGAAAAUUGGGAUUGUUCCUUCCAUGGAAUGAAGAAACUGAGGGCAUUUCUCGUAUUACUUUUGUUUUCUGA